AAGGUGGAGUGUGUCCCAAUCUGUUGGACUUGUCAGUGGAACUGAAACAUUCGAACCUUGCCGAAUUUACAACAGCAAUGACUGGACCUAAUUCUUUGAAAAUGGAUGUAAACGUAGUUAUGUUGGGGACAGAUAACGUUGGCAAAUCUGCGCUUACGGUCCGUUUCCUGACCAGGAGAUUUAUUGGGGAAUACGGAGAUAUCGAAUCCAUCUACAGUCAUAAUGUUAUUGUGGACGGAAAAGAGAUUGCCUUCGGUAUCUGGGACUCACCAUAUUCGCAGGAGAGGCUAAGUGAGAGCUCGGCACAGGAGAAGCAGUUGCAGUGGGCCGACGGCUUCGUCCUGGUGUACAGCAUCUGCGACCGCGCCAGCUUCAACGCCGUGGCUAAGCUGGUCCAGCGCGUGAGGGCCAGCAGGGACUGUGCGGGGGCCGAGAAGGCGGCCAUCGUGAUCGUGGGCAACAAGCGCGACCUGCACCACCGCCGCACGGUGACCAGCGAGGAGGGCCGGCUGCUGGCCCUCACCACGGACUGCCAGUUCUACGAGGUGUCGGCGGCCGAGAACUACCACGGAGUUCUGAUGGUCUUCCACGGCCUGGCGGACCGGAUCCGGGAGGCCCGGUCGGCCGCCAAGAAGCUGGCGGGCAUCAAGGGCAUCGUGAAGAGCAUGUCAGCCGUGUUCGCCCGCAAACGGACCGACUCGCUGUGAGAGCCCCGUGGCCACGAGGAGGAGGGGGAAGACCCACACGCACACACACACACGUAAAACACACACGGUCGCCCACGUGUAAGUGAGGGGCCGAGUCUGGCCCGAUUUGAGUCGGUCUCACUCUCGCUCCGGAGUGACGUUGUGGUCCUGGUUUUCGUCGCUGGAGACCGAAACCAACGAGAGGGGGAAGGGUGUGGCCGUUUCCGCAAUCCGGGAGGAAGGCCUAGAUGGGGGACGAAGAAUGUCCCCCCCCCCCCCCCACCCCCAGUUCUUGGUAACUGUUGAUUAACAGAACUCUGGCUGUAAAAAAGGUGACAAGGGAGUUUUUUGAAGUUAUUGAUAGUGAGUCAAUGAAAUUGCUGCCAAGCUAUUGGCUUCUGCACUCUAUGAAUUAUGAUGGACAGCACUGUGACAACAGCCUGAACAAUACGUUAUCGCCCGCUCUGUUUUGAGGUAAAUGCCAGUUAACAGCACACAAAAUAUCAACCUGUAUGACAUUAAAAGCUGCUUCACUACAGCGGCGUAGUAGCCUGCUAAACAUUCUGAAAACCACCAAACCAGCAAAGUCCAAGGAGAGGACCAACACUUGAACUUGAGAACGGAAUUUGCAGAAUAAAUGAGAACUUUGAAAGGGAUAUCGGUUAGCUGCUGAAAUGCGGACUCAAAAGGGCCCAUAAAUGUUGACAAACGACCCCCCCCCCCGGGCCCUUGUGCUUCGGGGUCAGAGCUUUCGGGAGUGUAGCCGCAUUCCUCCACAUGCCUCCGGCCCCCACACGGCGAAGACGUGGAGUCCGUCGCAGGCCACGUGCAGACAACCGCCGGCCCGGCGCUUCUCACCUCUCCGCGCUGACGCGUUCUGUCUUUAUUUAGUUUUCAGACGCUGCCGAGUCUCCCACUAACUGUCAGGAGAAAAGCCUGCAUCUCGCUGCGUCUCUCUCCGGUAGUUUAGCAGCACAGAGGACCUGUAUACCGUACAAAGACUUCCUACAGAUUGUUUCCGCUCUUUGCCACGCAUCCCAAUAGCGUGCAAAUGGACUAAUAUAUAAUUAUUCACGAGACUAGUACACCGUGGAGUUUUGACAUCUUUUUCAUUUAUGGCUGUGUAAACUUUGGACACCUGAAAAUGAACAAUUUUCUUUAUUAGUCACUAUUGUGAUAGGGGUAAAGGCAGCUUUUUAAAGCAUACAGUAUGAAUGUCUAUAUGCUGUAUAUACUGUACAAAUGUAAAUAAAUAUUGGCAAUAUCCUAAUUUAAAUGUCAUGUCAUUGAAUAAAUUGGUGUGGAGUAAUGCA